AUGGAUAAGAAGUCAAAGGCAAUACUUGACAAUCUCUUUCUUCCGCAGCUCCUCGGUCUGGCCGUGAUCGGCGUGGGCGUGGCGUUCCUGCUUAACUGGGCGCCGAUCAAGCAGGAGCUCCAGACGCACCUGACGGUGGCCCCGUGGGUGUUCAUCGUGAUCGGCGCCAUCAUGUUCGUGAUCGCCUUCUUCGGGUGCUGCGGCGCCAUCAGGGAGAGCCACUGCAUGGUCGUUACGUACGCGAUCUUCCUGCUCGUGAUAAUCAUCAUGCAAGUGAUCCUGGCGGUGCUGCUGUUCACGUACGGAGACAGCAUCAAGGACGGCCUGAAGAAGGGCAUCGACGGGCUCUGGAACAAGCGCCAGCACGACCCGGCUACCAACGAGGUCUUCAACAGCAUCCAGGCUCAGCUCAAGUGCUGCGGUAACGACGGCGCCUACAAUUACGGAUCCGCCACUUUGGACAAGAGCUGCUGCGAUAUGGAAUCGUUCGCGGGACAGACUUUGGGCUGCACCAUCGCCAACGCCAACACUGGCUGCCGGGAGCGGAUCGCGGACCUGUACGAGAAGUGGAACAAGCCCAUUGCCGGCAUCGCCAUCGGUAUCGCCUGUAUUGAGGUGGUCGGAGCCCUCUUCUCGCUGUGUCUCGCCAACUCGAUACGAAACAUGGACAGAAGGUCUCACUACUAAUAUUUUGUACAUUUAAACUGGUACGUAUAAAGCGAUGGCGACACGAAGCAAACAUUCGAUUAAGAACAAUAAAAUUAUGAGAAUUACAAUGUCGAAUAUUUUAUGUAUAUUAUUAUAUUAUUAAUUGACAUUUACAAGUUAUAUUGUUAGUCUGAUCUAACGCUCACCCACCAAAUGUUUUGCAAAUGAAUAAAUUAAAAUACAAGAUUUAUUAAAAAAUAACAAGAAUAAAAAUCCGUAUACAAAUCGAGCAUUCUCAAAGCAAAAUAUAAAUAAGUUUUAUUGUUUCGGAGUUGUAACUAAGUAUCUAAUCUAAAAGAUGUUUAGUAAGAAGUACAUAGUAUAGUGUGCCUUUAAAAAUAGCCAUAUCUAUUAUGUUAUACCUGCAAAACGAUUGUUACAUUUAUUUUACGAAGUUGACCUUAGGUGUAGAUCGAAAUCUACUAACACCAGGGGUGGGCCAACUUUUCCGUGGGUCAUCCAACGACAGUUCGAAAUCGUUGCUGAACCAAAUUUUAAACCUUUUUAGUCUGCAGAUAGCAGGCUGACUUUGCCUACCCCUGGGAAAGUCUUGUAUCAUGAAACGACUCAAAACUCGAUUCUAUUUUUAAGUGUAGAUUCACAGUUCAGCGCCGUUUCAUUAUACAGGCUCAUCUGAAGAUGCGCUGUACCUACCAUUUUAGAUUAUAAUUAAUUUUAAAGUUCUUUUUUUUGUUAAACAACAUUUAAUCUAAAUUUUAAGUAAGUAUCGUUAAGUUACAUAGGAGACUGUAAUAUAACAAAACUACAGACAUUACAAGUAUUUUCUUAUUUCAACUGUAAAAGUUAAACGUCCAUUAAGCCUACAUGUAAUUUAAUUAUUCUACUAAAAUUUAAUAUUUGUAAAUGCAUUUCUAUGUGGUAUGUGAUUAUAGUAAGUGUUUUUCUCAUUCAUAUUAUUAUGUAAAUAAGUAGUAACUGAAGUUAUUGGGAGCAAACGUUUGUUUAUUGAAUUUUGAAUCUCUUGUGCAUUUCCGAUGAAACUGCUUUAUGUGGAUGAAUUUUACAUCAAUAAAUUUUCUACUACAA